GGAGGCGGAGACACUUGGAUGACUGCCCUGGGUAUUUAUGGCUGCACGGCUACACUGAAGAUUUUCGAAUAUUUAAUCCCAUAUUCCUACGAGAGGCACUUCUGAACGCGAAUUGUCGCGAAGAUGUACAGUAACCAAGAGGGACAUGCUAUGCUGGCUCCACAGGGCACGGAUUUCCUUGGGCCCACUGCUCCACCACCCAGUAUGUUUGAUAAUGUGCCUGGUUAUGAGGGUACAGUGGCCGGAGGUGGAGGUGGAUUUGUUCCUCCUCCUGCUCCUUAUCCUCCCCCUGCGCCUGAACCAGCUCCUGUGCAGCCAGAAUGGAACAUUCCAUCAAUCACAGAGGACACGGCACAGGAGGCCUUUCUCCUGUACGCAUCUGGUCAUUGCUGCUACAGCAAAGCUCCAGCACAAGAUGGUGUGAUCACCAGCAUGGAUGCGUUCAACACAUACAGGUAUCGUCUGGAAACAUUCACUGAGUCCAGAUCUACUGAGUGGGACCAUGAGGUGUACCAUGGUCAGCCUGUGGAUGCCUUCACCCAGACCGCUCCAGGACCGUGGGAUAUCAAGGUUCAAAUGCCUACCUUGUUUCAGGACCACACUGAAGACAUCAAGGUUCCUUAUACCUCAUCAGUCAAGAACUGCCACACCUGCAUGGCGACAGGCAGGAUUCCAUGCAAAGAAUGUUCCGGUGCUGGCAAUAAAGUCUGCUGGGUGUGCAACGGUUCGGGUGUGCGGUCUGGGGAAGAGCAGUGCAGUCACUGCAAUGGAAGGGGCAGAGAAAACUGCUCCCAUUGUCAUGGCCAUGGAUCCAAUGAGUGCAAGACUUGUCAUGGGAAGCGACAGCUCCUGGUCUACAUCAAGCUCAUGGUCAAAUGGACUAAUAAUAUUGAGGAUUAUGUUGUGGAGCAGUCAAGUGGUUUGAAAGUUGAAAACCUGAGCAGUGUAUCCGGGAAAGAGCUCUUCAAAGACACCCAGUACAUGGUGUACCCAGUGAUGGGUUUCCCUGAUCCUGCAGUUGGGCAGGCUGCUGAGCGCCUAGUGAGGGAUCACCAGGCCACAUACUCACAGAAUGCACGCAUCCUUCAACAGAGGCAGACCAUCGAACUGAUUCCCAUCACCAAAGUCACAUAUAAAUGGAAAGGAAACUUGCACAACUACUUUGUCUAUGGGAAUGAGUUCCAUGUCAGUGCCGAUGACUACCCAGCUACUUGCUGCUGCACAAUAAUGUAGCCUGGUUCUUUCUUCACAUGGAGACAAUAAUGAAAGUGGUUUGUAGUGCAAGCAUUAAUGCGAAUGAUACAUACUGUUUUAGGAGGAGUUAAUGAAUUGCCUAGUUAGCAUUGAAUGAUACUGAAUAUAAACAGGUGAGGGUCAUGUUAGAAAGGUAGAGUAUUUUGCAGAGUAUUACGAGUAUAAAAAUGUUGCAUGCAUAUGUAUGUACUAACAGGAACAAGUGAAAACAUACCUCAUAACAUUUUAGUGCCAUUAUCUCCUUAAUUUUCUGUGCCUUAUCUUUGAGCACUUCGUGUAAAGCCUCUGCAUGGUGCUUUUCGCAAGAGUCAGGCGCUGGCAGAACAUAAAUAUGAAGAGCAGUCAUUAUUGUAUGUGUCUUUAAUUGUGAAGAAGUUAUUUGAUCUAACCUGAUUCACCUGAUUUGUUUGUAUCUGAUAUACCUGGUUUUUAUGGUGUGAAGAAUUCAGAAUCAAGAACACUUGCCAGUUCAGGGCCCCCAGUCAGUCUCUGUAAUGUGAAGUGCCACCCUGAAAAAUGGUUGUCUUUUGUAAAUAUUAUGGGAUCCAUCUUUUCAUUAUUUCAAUAUUUUUACAUACAUGCUGAAUUUAUAUUUGACUGUGCAACUGUAAAAUUUCAUAAAGUGAUGGUUGAACGCAGCUCUAUUUAGGAUGUCUAAAUACCAUCGCCCCUGCCAGUGUUUUCUGGUGGAUUUUGAUACUUUCCUUUGAUAAAGUAGUAAAGCACGUUAGUCCUACUGGCCAGAAAGCCGUUUUCAAAAGGCCUAGCUGGUCCAAUUGAUCUCCAACUUUAAUCAGAGGCUUUAACCAUUUUAUUGAAGCUGCAACACAGUUUAUUGAGUUUCAUAACUACAAAAUCUAGGUAUGGGAACCACAGAUACAUAUAAAGGGCGGAGAUGCUGGCAAUAUGCAACAGCUCAGUUGGCCGGGCUUAGGAUUGCAGUGUUUGUUGAGCUGCUUUUAAGUGUUAUUUGUAUGUAUUAUGACCAUACAUAAGCCCUUAAGGGUCAGUUUGUGUAACCACUAUCCAUCGUUAGAGGGUCUCUCUCAGUACUGUAUGGAAAUCGACAUAUACCGCUAAGUAUAUCAGGUAAUAGACAAAAUGAAGUGUAUGUCUGUGUUUGUGUAACUAAAAGUACUACCAGAUAUUAUCUUGAAUAAAGUUAACUCAUUCAUUGUUUUAUGUGAAA